AUGAGAGAUGAGCAGGAACGUCAGAGGGCAGAGGCUGCAGAUAGGGUCAGGGCGGAAGCAGCUGCAUUGAUUCGUAGGGAGGAAGAGGAGCAGAGGGCAAGAGAGGAGGCAGAUAAGACGGUGGCCGUGGAUGAUCGAAGGAUGGCUGCAGCGGCAGAGCGGAUGAAGGAAGAGGCAGACCCGUUAUCACACAGAGAGGAGGAAGAGCGGCGUAUAGAACCGGUAGACAUGGUCAUGGGCGAGGCAGAGGCGACUAUACGUAGAGUGGAGGAGGAUCUGCGGAGGGUUGAUGUCAGGCUUGAGUCCGAGACGACACUACCCAGCGGGGUGGAAACGCGAAUUGCGACGACGGCGGCUCGCCGAACGACAGGGGAUCCUCGGCUGAAUCCAGACGUGGAAAUGGGGGUAGAGAGUGUUACAACAUCGACAGAGCAUGGGAGAGUGGGCACGGGACAAGGAAGAGCUCAAGGGGAUGAGGUGAGGGAUGCAGAGCUUGAGGAGAUGCGCCGUAGAUGGGCUAUGGAUGGCGCCACAGUACGGGCAAUCGCCGAGGAUGAGCAAAGGUUGGCAGACGCCGAAAGGGAGCGUGAGGCAUCUGCAACGAGAGCGAUGCAAGAGGUUGAGCACAUGCGCCGUAGGUGGGACGAGCAGCAGGUCACGCGAAGAGCAAGAUUACAAACAGAGAGGAUGCGGGUUGAGCAGGAAGAGAGGAUGGCGGAGGCGGUGGCAGGUGAUGAAGUGGCGAGGGCUACGCGUGAUGCGAGUGAUCAGUUUCGAUACGGCGGCCGCGAUAGUGAUAUGACGCAGAGAGAAAGAGAGUGGGGGGAAGCCGAGCACAACGUAUGGCAGAACGUCAUGCAAGGAGCGGCCAUAUUAGAGGAGACUGAUGAUGGGUUUGUUGAGGCGGGAACAGCCGGAGUUGGUGGAGGCGUGGCUGGAGUGGCAGAAGUUCUACGACGUCUAACGUUCAUCGCGCAGGCCGUUGCCAGCAGCUCCGCACAACAGAAUGCUAGGAUUAGUGGCAACCUCCGCCAGCUUCAAUCCGCAUGUACGCGCAUUGCCCGGUGGACAGAGGACUACAACGAGGACGCUGAAAACAUGUUGCGGGAGUACAGAGAGGCGAAGGCGAUAGCUAUCAUCGAACGUCAGAGGGCAGCGCAGACACGCACGGAAAUCAACACUUCUAUACAGGGGCUCCAUCGCAGAGUAGCUGAACAGCGCGCAGUGGCACGGGAGUACGUGACGCUGUUGAGCUCGUUGAAGGAGCAUGUAAAAGAGGGGGUAGAUGCGGCAAUGGGCCGGGCGGCGCUGGAGGGAAGACUUAGGGUGGUUCUACCCAACGACUACAUGGAGACGAUGAAAAAGGCGGUUGUCGCCAACGUCCAGGAAACACUGGCUGGGGUCAAGUCUGCGAUGGAUGAGAAUUGCCACAGGCUUGAGACUUUGAAAGCCGACAUCCUGGCAGCCGUGGAUGAGAAGCUGUCUAGGAGGAUACAGGUCGGCCAGGUUCCGGCCCCGCAACACAACCCACCGUCUGCCCCGCAUUUCUCCCAACCUUUCACGUGUGACAACUCUCCAGAUGCAGCGCUCGCGGCGGCCGCGAACAUGGUCGAGAGAUGGGGGUUUGCAGGCCGACAGGAGAUGUUGGAGUCGGAAAGACGUACAGAGACGGGAGGGGAACACACCAGCGUUGACAGGGAGGCGCAGAUGGCACGUGGCAAACCUACGGCGGUGACCAGCGUGGGGCGGGCUGACAAGGAUGGAGAACGGGCUAUUGAGGCGGCGGCGCAACAGCGGCGCAUGGAGGAAGCAGAGCGGCAGAGAGCACUCGUCGAGGAGCAGCGUACUGCUAGAGAGGCGGAAGAGGCAAGGCUAAGAGUUGAGAAUGAACGUGCGGCAGCGCAGAACACCAAACAUGGAGAACGUGCGGUUCUGCAAGCUGGCAACGCUGAUGUAGAGAGGGCCAACGACGAUUCACACGAGCAGCCAGUUCCUGAGGCGGACGACGAGGGGAAGAGACCUGGAGUGCAUCGGCCAUUCAAGGCGCCGGGAUUGUUCGAGAGAAACAAAAAUGAUCCAGAGAAGCUGCGGUACACAUCUGAGCAGACGUUAGGGGGCAAGAAGCGGAACAUGGGGUCACAUAAGGAGGCGUGGAGUAGAAACUUCACCGUCUGUGUCUGCUGGCUCGCGUACUUCCCGGAUUGA